AUACCACGAACGGUCCGCACGCCGUAAAUAUUCGUUCAGUGCGUCGUGGCCGAGUAACUUACGCGGAUAAAAGCGUCCAAAUAGACGGAGGAAAACGUGGCCGAACAUGGUCGGAGGAGUGACGGAAGACGGACCUGUGAUUCGACCCGUCGAUUUCGUGUCGACGACGACCGUAGUCGCACUAUGUAUAGGAGCCGUUUUCCUACUUUGCGCCGUCGCCAUGACCUGGUGGCUUUGUCGACGACGUCGUGAACACACCAAGCUGAACUCCGACAAGUCCCUGGCGUUCAGGCCGCCCCACAGAAAACCGACAGCAGUUAAAAGUCCCGGUAGUACCAGCCACUACCUGAAGAAAAGUCCCAGCCCGACCGGACUAGCCAAGAGUCCUCCUGGUUCAGGUGGACAGACGCCCAGCCCGACCGGAUCCCAGUCGUCGAAUCCUGGAUCACAGCCAAGAACACCUCAGGGUACAGGCACCCCGGCUCAGACACCUUCUGGCGAGGUUACUCUAAGCAUCGAGAAUGAACGGGACAAGGCGGAAAUUGAGAACAACGAGAAAACAGAACGCGAAAAGAACCACGGAACAGAGAAUAACAAAGGCGAUAUGGGUCAAUUGGUAUUCAAAUUGCGGUACGUAAACGAACAAAAUGCACUCGGAGUGACAGUGGUGAACUGCAAGGGUCUACCUGCGAGAGCUACCAGCGAUCCUUACGUGAAAUUGAAGUUGUUGCCGGAUAAACAACACCAAGCGAAGACCAGGGUACUCAGAAACACCAGAGACCCCGUCUAUGAUGAAGAUUUCACGUUCUUUGGAAUAUCGAAGGACCAGCUUCAGAAAAUCAGUCUGCACUUUAUAGUGCUCAGCUUCGAUAGAUAUUCUCGGGACGAUAUUAUCGGUGAACUGACAUGUGCACUUUCAUCGGUGCCCGAUUUGGAGAACGCUGAUAACCAGGAGAUAUCAUUGUGUCGAAAAAUAUGUCCUAGGAGUCUAAAGAUUCAAUCACAAGGCAGAGGUGAGCUGCUAGUCUCCCUUUGUUGGCAACCGAUCAACAGCAGAUUGACGGUGGUUGUGCUGAAGGCGCAGAAUUUACCGAAGAUGGACGUGACUGGGCUGGCAGAUCCAUACGUCAAGAUCUAUCUUUUGUAUAACUCUCAGCGCAUAGCGAAGAGGAAGACGCGCGUGAAGAAACGCACCCUUAGUCCGGUCUUUAACGAAUCAUUCGGUUUUGACAUCCCGAACGGUGCUGAUGGUCUUAACAACGUCAGCCUCGAGUUUAUGCUGAUCGAUUGGGAUCGUGUUACAAGAAACGAGGUGAUUGGACGACUCGAAUUCGGUGGACCGAAUUGUCAAGGAUCCGCUUUGAAUCAUUGGAGGGAAGUUUGUAGCUCACCGCAGAGGCAGAUCGCCGAUUGGCACAAAUUAAGGGAGUAAAACUAGUCUCUCCCAGCCCUGUCAACUUUCCUAGAAUCCCGUCUCCAACUAUCCAAAUGCCCCACGUCCUUCUCCAUUGCGAAACCACUGAUUCACCCCUUGAAACCCUACGAUGAAGUAGGGUAUCUGUUUUGUAAACCUAAUACUCGAUGUAUAUUAGGCUUGAAACGAGUGGCGGCACGUCCACCCGCGAUCGAUGCCACUGCGUAUACACUGUGUGAAAUGUUACCGUCUACUACUGUCUAGUAGUCGUCUAACCGUGUUACGUGUCGGCAUUGUCGGUACGAGGCGUGCACUACGAAGAGCUACUUCUAAUUAUCCGAUCAAUUCUGAACGCAGUUCGACUCGAUAGCGAAACCACACCUGUUUUUCGUUUGGACACUGAACAAAUUGAGAUUAUCGAUCUUCCUCGUCAGUUCCAGUUCAUUGCGUAAGUUUUAAGCUUUCGUAUUUUAAGUUUUAAGAUUUUCACGUAACAGAAACACGCAAAAUAAUACCUACUUCUCUGAAGAUGAUAUUGAUAGAGCUAUGAAUUUAUACUAUUCAGAGAAACAAUUAUUCGCUGAAAAAGAUAAUGGACAGUGAGGAUAAAUCGAGGAUCAGUAAAUCGUUCACUCUUCGAGCGUAGAUCGCGUCUUCGUUGAUCGCAGUGGCAAACGAUCGCGGGAGAAACGCAUACAAAAUGCUUUACGAUAUAAAUAUAGUUGUUAAGAUUUCCGACCAGGUGGCAAAGGGAGGAGGAAAAUGAAACAGUUAAAUACAAAGCUAAUUUGCCGAUUAUUGAACAUUGCUGCACAGGGUCGUACUAUAGAAAAGCAAUGCUUUUAAUCGGAAAGUUGAAAGAAAAAUUCUUGAUACUUAAGUGUAUUUCAAAUCCCAUGCAAAACCUUUGGUUUAUAAUAUUUCAUAAUGCAUGUAGUUUGAUUUGAAAAAGUUGCAAAAACUUACCCCGAAACGAGCAAAUUUGAAUAUUUUAUCAGCAAUUAAUAAAACUCUCACUAAAGUAUAGUACAUGAAAAUUUAUCUUAAUCUUUGAUUUAUCUACUUUUCAAUUUCGCUCAUUGACUUCAAUGAUAAAAGCUUAAAGCUAAUCUACGUGAAUGUUUACGAAGGACCUUGUUUUGAACAAUACAUUUGUAUUUUACGUAUUGUAUACGUUUCAAUGAAAGUUUGUUACAGUUAAAAAAUAACGUAUGAAAUUUGUAUUCCAUUUAACUCGUUCGGUUCUUUUUUAAUGCAAUCAAAUGUGCUGGGAAAAUUUCGCACGACCCUGUCAGAUCACAAAAACCAUCGGUUUUGGUGAAGUUAAUGUGAAUUAAUCGUCAAAAGAAUAUCGAGAAUCACGCGACACACUCGCAACUGUGUUUAUCUCGUUCGUUGUGUAAAUGCAAGAAUCUCUCCAAAAUAUUCGUCGAACAACAAAUUACGAUAAUCGGGAACAAUCUUUUAAUAUAAUUUUCAGUCAGUCUCUACUCUUGGGGAAAGAGAAAAGAAAAGGAAAACAAGAGA